CUGGCAGCAUGAGUCCUGCCCUGCCCUGGAUCCUUCCUCUCGGAUGUGUGCUGCUGCUGCUGCUGACAAAGACAGCUGAGUGCUUCAUCUUGCCCAACUCGAGUCACCUGGAGAGCAUCCUGAGUAAAUACCAGGAUGGGGAAGCUCACUCCAGGUCCAAGAGAGCCAUUUUAUUCUCAGACAGACAGGAGAUACUGAUGCUCCACAAUAAACUGAGAGGUCAGGUGUAUCCAGUGGCCUCUAACAUGGAAUACAUGACCUGGGAUGAGGAGCUGGAGAGGUCAGCACAUGCCUGGGCUCAGCAGUGCAUCUGGGACCACGGGCCCAGCGACCUCAUCAGGUCAAUUGGGCAGAACCUGGCAGUUCACUGGGGCAGGUAUCGAUCCCCAGCCUUCCACGUGCAGUCCUGGUAUGAUGAGGUGAAGGAUUACACAUUUCCAUACCCCCACGAGUGCAACCCGUGGUGCCCAGACAGAUGUACAGGUGCCAUGUGCACACAUUACACCCAGAUAGUCUGGGCCACCACCAACAGGAUUGGCUGUGCUGUGAAUGUCUGCAAGCAGAUGAAUGUGUGGGGAGAGAUCUGGGAGAACGCUGUCUACCUGGUCUGCAACUACUCCCCCAAGGGCAACUGGAUUGGAGAAGCUCCGUACAAGACCGGCCGUCCCUGCUCCGAGUGCCCUCCGAGCUAUGGAGGGAGCUGCCAGAACAACCUCUGCUACAAAGAUCACCGUUAUGAAGAUCCCAUCAUUGCUGAGACAGACGAGACCAACGAGGUGGAGAUCCCGCAGGUGGCGGAGCAGAAGCCGGUGCAGUUCCACCUCCCAGAAAACAAACCCAGCAAACCCAUCAAGGCCAAGAAAAUCACCCCAGAAUCCUACAUGACACAAGUCAUUACCUGUGAAACCAAGAUGAGAGACAAAUGCAGAGGCUCAACGUGCAACAGGUAUUUGUGCCCAGCUGGCUGCUUGUACAGUAAGGGAAAGAUCUUUGGAACAUUUUAUUAUGAAAGUUCCUCCAGCAUAUGUCGUGCUGCAAUCCACUAUGGAAUCCUGGACAACAAGGGAGGGCUGGUGGAUAUCACCAGGAAAGGGAGGACACCUGCUUUUGUGAAGUCCACCAGGAACGGUGUGGAGUCAUUCAGGAAAAGCAAACCUUCAAAUGCAUUCAUGGUUUCCAAAGUCACAACACAGACUCUGGAUUGUUACACCACAGUAGCUGAGCUGUGCCACUUCAAAAAGCCAGCGAGCCACUGCCCAAGGAUUUACUGCCCUGCCCACUGCAAGGACGAGCCCUCGUACUGGGCGCCCGUGUUCGGCACCAACGUCUACGCCGAUAGCUCCAGUAUCUGCAAAACUGCAGUGCAUGCAGGGGUCAUUUCAGAUGAAAGAGGAGGCUUUGUGGACGUGAUGCCUGUGGAGAAGAAGAAAACCUACGUGGGCUCCUUAAGGAACGGCGUCCAGUCAGAGAGCUUGAAGAACCCUUCAGAUGGGAAUGCCUUCCGAAUCUUUGCUGUGAAGCAGUAAAAAGCCCCCAGGGAAGGUGCAGGUUCCUUUGGGAGAGCUCUCUGUUGAUCUCCAGAGACGCCAAAAGCUCCUCUGAACGGCAUCAGCUCUGCCCGUACCCUCCUUGCCCAUCUCCUUCAGGGAAUUCCAAAAGAAAAGGGGAAAAAAAAAAAAAAGAAAAACCCCAAAAAAAGACCCCAGGUUCUGACUCAGCUGUUGGCAUCUCAUCGCACCCGUGCAGCGUUGUAUCUUUUUGUCUCGUGUUUUUUGUUUCUCUAGGGGCAUUCAGCGACCAUAAACUGUUCUAAGUUUCGUUUUACCAGAGGUGUUGCUACACAGGAUGGUGGUGGCUCCAUGGGCAGCAGAUUCAGGGAUCUCAGCCUGGCCCUGGAUGGUGUUUUUAGGGUGUGAAGCUUCUCCUGGGAUGGGUGUGAGGAUGAGUAGACUCGGGAGUGAGCAGCUGUCCAGGCGCUGGGCACUUUGAAAUGAGAAACUCAUUGAAAAAUUGCAUUGUCUGGGGACAGG